AUGGAGGUAAAUUCUCUUCCUAGUUGGGAUAUUGGGUCGGUCUUCGAGGGUACCGGUACUGAUGACCCUUUACCUCCCAAUGGCCCUGAAUUUCUAUAUGAAGCCAUAGAAGGGUUGGAGCAAGAACUUAUAGGAGAUGUAGACCCAGAUUGGGAGAUGUUUAUGUACAAGCCCGACUGUGGUGGAAUUGGAGUCAUGGGAUUCCGAGUACUACCUCCGAGAGCGUCUGAUGUUUGGUAUGCCAAGGGGACGUUGGCUGAUAUGACAGCGAGCGAAGCGGUGCAAGAUCUUGAGGCUCUCUAUGAUGUUAACUUUGUUGGGAAUGCAAAAGCGAGAGAUGUUUCUAAAAGUAUAUGGGGAGAUGAGAAUAUCGAAAGGCCAGAUGUUAUAUAA